AGUUCGUUCGCGAAUGACACAUAUCUAGGUUAAACCAUUAGUUUGGAAAGUAAGAAAUUUUGUAAACUUGAGCUUACAGUUGUUCAGUAAUGCUUUAGAAUUGCAGUUAGUCUAAAGAAUAUAAGUUUCUGCGAAUAAUGAAAUUAAUAUCAUAAAGACAGCUUCAAGAGGCCUAAUUUUGAAAAAGACGAUUAAAAUAUUAAAUACAGACCUAAAAAUUCCGGUUUGUGAGAAAAUAUUUUUAUUUCGUUAAAAAAAUGCCAGCAAUUUCCACUAAGGGGCCAAAAAUUUGCUGCCAUAAUUCUGGCAAUCAAGAAAAAUUUAUAAGUUACUCGAGCGACAAAGAAUCUUUUGAGGAAGUUCCACUCCACACGGCUUGUUUGACCUAUUUAGGAUUUUACAUAUUAAUGAUUUUAGGUUUCAUAAACAAAUUACUUUUUGCACCUAAAGUAGCUAAAGAAAAAUGUCGGGAUGGUUACGUUCCCUUAUAUGAUCCUUUUGAACUAUUUUACUCACGAUAUGUGUACAGGCGUGUUAGAGAUUGCUGGAAUCGUCCAAUUUGUAGCGUACCUGGUGCUGAAGUUGUUUUAAAGGACAGAAUUACUAAUGAUUAUGGGUGGUCUUUUGAAUUUACAGGUACACAAACUAAGUGCCUUAAUUUGGGAUCCUAUAAUUAUUUAGGAUUCGCUUCAUCUGAAGGUAGAGGUGCUGAAGAGUCUGCAAGACAAAUCGAAAAAUGGGGUCUGGCUUUAUGUAGUCCACGGUGCGAGAAUGGUACUGUGCCUCUUCAUCAACAUUUAGAAGAAUUAACUGCGAAGUUCCUGGGAGUGGAAGAUGCAAUCACGUUCGGUAUGGGAUUUGCAACUAAUGCCUUAAACCUCCCGUCAUUGAUAUCUCAUGGGUGUCUUGUUUUAAGUGACGAAAAAAAUCAUGCAUCUAUUAUACUAGGAUUACGUCUUAGUGGAGCUACCACAAAAGUAUUUAAACAUAAUAAUAUGUCAGAUUUAGAAGAAAAAUUACGUGAUGCAGUAUUAUCCGGGCAAGGCAGUGGUAAACCAUAUAAAAAAAUUUUCGUCAUUGUCGAAGGUGUUUUCAGUAUGGAGGGCACCAUUAUCCGUUUGCCGGAACUAAUAUUUUUAAAAAAUAAAUACAAAGCCUAUUUGUAUUUAGAUGAAGCCCACAGUGUUGGUGCUAUGGGGUCGAAUGGGAGAGGUGUUGUGGACUAUUAUAAUGUUAAUCCGAAGGAUAUUGAUAUUUUGAUGGGAACCUUUACUAAAAGUUUUGGAAGUGCUGGAGGUUAUAUUGCCGGAUCCAAAAAAUUGAUUAAUUUUCUUAGAGUUCAUAGUCAUGCUCAUGGCUAUGCAACUUCAAUGUCUCCACCAAUUGCACAACAAAUUAUAUCUUCCAUGACAAUUAUCAUGGGUUUAGAUAAAACUAAUGAAGGAAGCCAACGUAUUAAGCAACUUGCACGUAACACACGAUAUUUUAGAAGAAGAUUGGCUCAAAUGGGAGUUAUUACUUAUGGUCAUGAAGAUUCACCAGUUGUUCCAUUGUUAGUGUAUCUUUUCUCAAAAAUUGGAGCUGUUGUUCGCACAUUAACUACUCGUCAUAUUGCUGUUGUUGGAGUAGGAUUUCCAGCCACUCCCAUUAUGGAAGGACGAAUAAGAUUUUGCUUGUCCGCUGCUCAUACCAAAGAACAACUUGAUUAUGCUUUAAAUGUUAUAGAUGAAAUUGGAGACCAUUUGGGUUUGAAAUAUUCAAGAAAAAAGAGGAAUCCAGAUUUUAUUAUUUAUUAAAUACAUAUUAUAUAUAUGAACAUACGUACAUAUGUGCAUACAUAUUUUUGGUAUUUUUAAUAAAUUACUUACAAAAGUAAAUCUGA